AUGUCGGUCAACGAUCUCUUGGUGCAAGGAGCCGCUCCUCUGUACUUCCUGGACUACUUUGCCUGCUCCAAGCUCGCAGUGCCGAUCGCUGCAGCAGUCAUCACGGGUGUCGCAACUGGCUGCAGGCAGGCACGCUGCGGACUGAUCGGAGGCGAAACGGCUGAGAUGCCUGGCAUGUAUGCUGCAGACGACUACGACUUGGCUGGGUUCGCUGUAGGCGCUGUUGAGCGACAGCAGCUACUUCCCCGCGUGAGCGAAGUCAAGGCAGGAGACGUCUUGCUCGGCCUGCCAUCGUCCGGCCUACACUCCAACGGCUUCUCUUUAGUCAGGAAAAUUCUCGCGCGGGCUGGUGGUCCCACUGCUCUACAUGCACCUGCUCCUUUUGCCUCGGCAUCCAGACACAAGACUUUGGCGGACGCGUUUUUGGAGCCUACCAGAAUCUACGUCGAGUCCUUGUCACCUUUGCUCGGCCUUUCUGACGGCAAUGCAGGUUCUGCUCAACCUCAGCCGCAUGCGGCCUGGAAGGGGCUACGAGCGCUUUCUCACAUCACAGGUGGAGGCUUUACGGACAAUAUUCCUCGGAUCUUGCCUGAGCAUCUCGGCGCCAAUAUCGAUGUCAGCGCGUGGCCGCAGCCCCCUCUUUUCGCCUGGUUGCAGAAGAUUGGAGAGGUGCGAGCAGCAGAAAUGUGUCGCACAUUUAACAACGGUGUCGGAAUGGUGCUAGUGGUCGAUUCGAGCGCAGUGAAAGAGACCAUUGAGGCAUUGAAGCUGGGCGGGGAAGAACACGUCAUCCAGAUGGGGUCCAUUGAGGAAGGAGCUGGCAUCAGAUAUCGCGGCUUCGAGAGUUGGGCGCUCCCUUAG